AUGGACUCUGACGCAGAGGCCUGCAACGCAGCCCGUUGCCUGCCAAGAAGGUAUCGUCCUGCACCUACUGGGGGACAGAUGGCGUCUGUGCUCCUCCGCCUCGACAGCGACCGGCCGAAAGCACCCCAGGCUAUUGCCUUUCCUCCACCUCCGCAGGCGUUGCGAGGGGGGUUGCACCGGAUUCAAGGUUCUCACCCGGAUUCUGUGACGUUUGCAGCUCACGCUCGCCAAUACGAGCUAUGCAAAACCGGUUGGAAUGUAUUUCUCGACUGGCUGCUUCAUCAUCCCAUCAAACAAGCAGCAGUCGAUCGUUUUAGAAAAGAUGAACCUCGCUGGCAACAUGAGGGGAGGGUGGACAGAGAAACAAUGACGACAAACUCCACGCUAGUCGUUACAUCCCAUCUCCAGACCAAUGUGGUCCUCGAGCGGCCUGCAUCCGUGACAGACCGUGGUUACACAUCUGCCGGCACGCACGACUGGCGCUAAUCAGAUUAUUGCAUGAGAUGGUGCAGAUGCCAGAUUGCUAAAGAAAAACCAACAUUGUCUCGGGUGGAGAUGGUGGGAAUUUUUGGGCCGCAGCCAUUGAUAUUCCCGCAGUCCCAACCACUAUUGUGGUCGGCUACCG